AAGCAGAAAUCUUUUUGGAUGGGUGUGUUUGGUUACUAAGCUUUUAUCUGUUUUUUGAACAGUGAACAUUUAAUAUUUGGUUAAGUGGAAUUUUAUUAUUUUUUUUUCUCUUGAGGAUUAUACUUUUUGUUGUAUAUAAUAAUUCUUUUUUUCUCUCCCCGCCAGGGUUAUCCUGGGGCUCAGUACCUGCACUACCAAUCCACUGCUCCUGGAGGCCAUUUUUCAUAUUUUUUUGUCCUUGUUGUUGUUAUUGUUAUUAUUAUUGCUGAUAGGACAGAGCUAAAUCGAGAGAGGAGGGGAAGACACCUACAGACCUGCUUCAUUGCUUGUGAAGUGACUCCCCUGCAGGUCGACACUGCAAUCAAAAUGAACAGUGGUAAAGAAGGACAUUUGGAAAGCAGUAGUCCAGAGGGUAGUGCACACCCUAAUGAUGUGAAAGAGCUCACAUACUCUGAGGAAAUGAAAGUGACCAAAGAGGGAUCAGGUGAAGAUCUGAACUUGCUACAACAGAUAAUUCCAGAUUCCCAGCUUCAAGAUGCAAUUCAGAAGAUGAAGAGACUUGAUAAGAUAUUGGUGAAGAGACAGUAUAAGGAAAAAGAAAUUAAGAAGCAAGGCCUAGAGCUGAGAAUAAAGCUAUGGGAAGAGCUGAAGUCUGCAAAAAAUAGUAAAGCUUUACAAAGUAAUGAGGAGAUAGAAAACACAAAAAAGUUCCUCGCUUUGACUGCUGCUGCAUCAGAAGAGACUGUUGGUCCUCCAUCUUGCUAUGAGAAUGAAGAUACCUUUGUCUCAGUGUUUCACACCCAAGUCCCUCUUGAAGAAUAUGAAGAACAUAGACCAAGUGUUAAUCAAGAUUUUAACUCUAAUAUGGAAAGAAAUGAGUCAUUGAUCAAAGCAGAGAAGAAGCCUUCUUCAAACACAGAAAAGUCUGAGCUCAGGAGUAAACACAACCAGGAUUUUAUUAAGAGAAACAUUGAGUUGGCUAAGGAUUCAGGAAAACCAGUGGUUAUGGUUGAUAGAGAGAAGAAGAGGCUGGCUGAACUUUUGAAGGACAUGGAUGAUAGAGAUUCAGAGAUGUCCAGCCCUGAGGGCGACACAUCUGGCUGGCUGGUCCCAGGAGAAGGAUAUACAUUUGCGGCCACCCAGCACCAGCAACUUGCUGAUAUUGAUACAAAACUCCAAGAAUUCUCUGUAGCCUCCCCAGCUGCCUCCAGAUUCUCUCCAGGACUUGAAACAUACAGUGACCAUCAACUUGACCUUAAUGGUGAUGCGAGAAGUAUGGAUGUAACUCCAGGAGAAAAGGUACUGCGGAACACAAAAGAGCAAAGGGAUCAGGAAAAUCGGCUGAGAGAGAUAGAUGAACAGCUGAGAAAGAUGAAGGACAAUAUGACCAAGCUUAUGGUUCCUCUGUUUCCUUUUCAUUUGCUGGCAAGAACUAGUAAGUCAGAUUCUACAUGCCGUCUCUCUGAGGAGCAAUUAAGGUGUCUUCUGGAUACAUUGACAUUCAAGCACAAAUCCAUGCUGCUGCUUUCUCCAGAAGGAGUAAAGGAAGACAUUGAGGAUGAAGUGCCUGAGCUCCCCCAGAUUCCCAGAUAUCUUCCCUCUGAACUGCUGAGUGAUUCAGAAACAAAGGUGGUCAGCACUGAGAUGGGAGAUAUGACUGAGCUUGAGAACACAGAAUGUAAGACAUCUCGAGGCAACUAUCUCUUCCAAGCCUUGAGUGGACACUACAUCUCUCAGGCUCUUGUCAGUGAAGCAGAGACCAUGAUGUGUCUCCAGUUCCCCAAAGAUGAGCUUAUUAAUGAUACAGAAUACUUUUUUAUGUCUAAGACUGUUGGCAUUGGGAGGCUGAAAAGGCCCUCUUUCUUGGAUGACCCCCUUUAUGGCCUCAAUGCAGACCUUUCAUCUGAAGAUCAACAUCUGAAGCUCAACCUUCCAGAGAAACAAAUAGCAGAUGAGCAAGAGCCUAAUGCUGUGAAGGAAGAAUGCUAAGAAUCUUAAGUAAACACAUGUUGGGGUGUGCUUUGGAGACAAAGUUGGUAAAUUAAAUUUGAUGGCUUUUCCCCUUGAAUUCCUUGAAUUCAAUAAUGCAUAAUGGAGAACUGAAUCUUUCUGGACUACAUUUCCUUGAUAUUUUGAGACUUGCAACAUUUCUCCACUGAUGUUCCUGGGAUCUAUUAUUCUUAUUUAAUUUAUUUUUUGGCAGUGUCAGAAAUACAUUACUGAGACUA